GUGAAACCCCCCACAGCAGCGAGGAGGAGAAGCCUCUGUCAUCUGUGAUGUUGUCCAAUAAGAAGUCAGACCCAGGCUCCUCCUCUUCGUCAGGGGGUAAUGGUGGUGAUCGUGCUCCUGAAACCCUUGCUGCCCCUCAGGCUGGUCCAGCGGGUCCCUCUGGCCCGAUUUCAGCAGAUGUGAAAAAGAAAGAAAGAGCCUCCCCAAGUGGAGAACCAGGUGGACCCCCUCUGCCGCACCCUCCUGGACCAGGAGGCAUUGAUCAAGACUCUGCAGAGGGUCGUAGAACUAGUCGACGUAAACGGGCAAAGGUGGAGUACAGGGAGAUGGAUGAAAGUCUCGCUAAUCUUUCGGAGGAUGAAUAUUACUCUGAGGAGGAGAGGAAUGCUAAAGCUGAGAAAGAACGCAAGCAGGUGAUUCCUCCACCAGCACCACCAAUAGAGGAGGAGAAUGACAGCGAACCUGAGGAACCAUCAGGUAUCAACGGUGUAGAAGGGGCCGCCUUCCAGAGCCGUCUCCCACAUGACCGUAUGACAUCACAGGAAGCUGCAUGCUUCCCUGACAUAAUUAAUGGACCACAACAUACUCAGAAAGUGUUCUUGUAUAUUCGAAACCGCACACUUCAGCUGUGGUUGGACAACCCCAAAGUCCAGCUCACCUUUGAGGCCACAGUGCAGCAGCUAGAAGCUCCAUACAACAGUGAUGCCGUCCUGGUCCACCGGAUACACAGCUAUUUAGAGAGACACGGGUUUAUCAACUUUGGCAUCUACAAGAGAGUAAAGCCUCUACCAACAAAGAAGACUGGAAAGGUGAUCGUGAUUGGUGCCGGGGUGUCAGGGCUGGCCGCAGCAAGACAACUGCAGAGUUUUGGGAUGGAUGUGACUGUUCUGGAGUCAAGAGAUCGAGUUGGUGGACGAGUGGCCACUUUCAGAAAAGGGAACUAUGUAGCUGACUUGGGUGCUAUGGUGGUGACUGGCCUGGGUGGAAACCCUAUGGCUGUGGUCAGCAAACAGGUCAAUAUGGAGCUGGCUAAGAUAAAACAGAAGUGUCCCCUCUAUGAGGCCAAUGGACAGGCUGGAGAGCGCUGCACAAGUGUCCCUAAAGAGAAGGAUGAGAUGGUAGAGCAAGAGUUUAAUCGCCUGUUAGAGGCAACAUCAUACCUCAGCCACCAGCUUGACUUCAACUUUCUUAACAACAAACCUGUGUCUCUGGGACAAGCACUGGAAGUGGUCAUACAGCUACAGGAAAAACAUGUGAAAGAUGAACAGAUCGAACACUGGAAGAAGAUUGUGAAGACUCAAGAAGAGCUCAAAGACCUACUGAACAAGAUGGUGACUACUAAGGAGAAAGUGAAGGAGCUUCAUCAGCAGUACAAAGAGGCCAGUGAAGUAAAGCCACCCAGAGACAUCACAGCUGAGUUCCUGGUGAAGAGCAAACACAGAGACCUCACAGCACUCUGCAAGGAGUAUGAUGAGCUGGUGGAGAUGCAGGUUAAACUAGAGGAGAGACUGCAGGAGCUGGAGGCCAAUCCACCCAGUGAUGUGUAUCUGUCUUCAAGAGACCGUCAGAUUCUUGACUGGCACUUUGCAAACCUGGAGUUUGCCAAUGCCACACCGCUGUCAACACUCUCACUCAAACACUGGGAUCAGGAUGAUGAUUUUGAGUUUACGGGCAGUCAUCUGACUGUGCGGAACGGGUACUCGUGUGUCCCGGUGGCCCUUGCCGAGGGUUUGGAUAUCAAACUCAACACUGCAGUAAGACAGGUCCGAUACACAUCAUCUGGUUGCGAGGUGAUUGCGGUGAAUACUCGCUCCACUACCCAGACAUUCAUUUAUAAAUGUGACGCCGUGUUGUGUACCCUACCUUUGGGAGUGAUGAAACAGCAGCCGCCGGCCGUGCAGUUUGUCCCUCCUCUGCCAGAAUGGAAGACGGCUGCCAUCCAGAGAAUGGGCUUUGGAAAUCUCAACAAGGUGGUGUUGUGUUUUGAUAGAGUAUUCUGGGAUCCCAGUGUUAACCUCUUUGGCCAUGUGGGAAGCACGACAGCCAGUCGAGGAGAACUGUUUCUCUUCUGGAACCUCUACAAAGCCCCCAUACUGUUAGCUCUGAUGGCAGGAGAGGCUGCAGGCAUUAUGGAGAAUAUCAGCGAUGAUGUCAUCGUUGGUCGUUGUCUGGCCAUCCUCAAGGGCAUUUUUGGAAGCAGCGCAGUCCCUCAGCCGAAGGAGACGGUGGUGAGCCGCUGGCGUGCAGACCCCUGGGCUCGAGGCUCAUACUCGUACGUCGCAGCCGGCUCUUCUGGUAAUGACUAUGAUCUCAUGGCUCAGCCUAUCACACCUGGUCCUGCCAUACCUGGAGCCUCACAGCCUGUUCCACGUCUGUUCUUCGCUGGUGAACACACGAUCAGAAACUAUCCUGCCACAGUACAUGGUGCUUUGCUGAGUGGCCUGAGGGAGGCCGGGAGGAUAGCCGAUCAGUUCCUGGGAGCCAUGUACACUAUGCCACGCCAGGCCACAGCCAAUCCAAACCCACAGCCCUCCCCCAGCAUCCAAUAAACCCAGCACAUGGUGCAGACUGAGAGAAAAUAAGAUGGGGAUUGUCGGAGAAAGAAUGUCUUGGUUGAUAAAGAGCGGGUGGGUCAAGUGAGGACACUGGGUGACUCCUUAGACUGAGAAUGUGUGUUUAUGGGAGAGUUUGUCUGCGUGUAAGAACAUGCCUUUAGGGAAAUCAUUCUCUAAUCUGGGAGCUGGAGCUGGGAUUUAAAUAAACCUUUUGCUCAGUUUUAUUUUUACCUACUAUCUAACUUAUUGGUCAUCUGAAAGGACAAGUGGAUUGUUCCAGUAGAGUUAUGUCGGAAUGUUCCUGGAAUGGUUUGCUCCAUGCUAAGGCACAUAUAAGCACACAGACUUAUUUACACUCCUGCAAAGUCCUCGUUCACAUAUCAGAUGUUUCAGUGCAGAGCAUUAAAUUGUAAAAAAUAGGAGAUGGACAUGGAUACAUUAGUUGAAAUCCAACUGCCUACCCAACCCAUUCCUUUUUAUUUUUUCAGAAUAUAAUAAAAAAAAUAAAUAAAUAAAAUAAAAUAAAUCAAAAGCAGAUGUUAUGCCUUUCUGUGUCCCUCACUUUGUAGCUUGAAUGUUUUUGUUUGGAAAAAAAUUCUUAUUAGCUGGAAUGCACGUUGUUGCUAAUAGGUCUGUUUCUGUUAUAAUAGAUGAUCAGUUCUAACUUUGUAUGUUUUUGAGCAGUGCAAGUUUUAUUUUUAAGUGUUCUUGUUUAAUUAUUGCUUUUUUAUAUUUUGUGAUUUAUUUGAUAUUAAAAAUAUGAAAUCAUCUUCA